GUUACACAUGGCUGCGUUCCGAAAUCUGUUAACCAUACGUUCGUUGCUAUUAUCGUUGUCUCCCGUCGUCAAGCAAAUGAUUCUUCUGCUCUAGGAUCCGCGAGGCAUCGGAGAGAAAAAAAUAGAAUGCGGCUUUAUUAUGUUUGUUUUUCGCCCCCCCCCCCCCCCCCCUCAUAUCCUUAGAAGAGCUUCAGUGAUCUUCCCAAGUAACGUUCCUUUUACUAUUGGAGGCGCCAUUUUGGAUGCUUGAUAUCAUCAGUCUUUGCUCAGCUUUGCUCGUACACUGCCGACUGGUUUCCACACUAGCUCACUGUUUCAUCUCUUUUUCUCGUCUAACUUCAGUUCUUCUAGUUCGCUGGGAUCAACUGCGAAGAGGCUUGCCUCAACGCCAUUUCAUUCCUUUUGGGUCAUAUCCGCUUCCAUGUCCAGUGCGACAUUCGAGUUCUCGACAUGCAGCUUGGGAUAUAGCUUCAUCUCUUCUGCAGUGUCGAGCAACAAUAACUGUGAUGUUGAAUCCAUAUUAUCUGGCAUACCCUUCAUCUCAGUCGGAAUGUUAGCUUGUGGAGCAUCUGCAUUAUUUUUCGUCAUCAGACCUUUCACGCUCGCUGUUGUUUCUCUUUAUUUUUCAGUGUUGCUGUCUUUCGCAGCUGUUGUCAUCGACCUGACUCGAAUCCUCAUCUAUGCCUUGACUCAGGUCACCGUACAGCCAUUGAUCAUAGCAAGGGAAGUUUUACUUGCCAUAUCCCUCGGCCUACGUUUUUUGUGCUACUGGUUGUAUGUCUCUGAACCCCCUAUCGGAGAACCCCAACCCCCCGCUUGUCAGGAUCGAUGGAACAACUUUCUCACACUCGGCUCUCAGCACAAUAUCCACAGUGGUAGCUGGUCUCGGUGGGGUGUUUCAGGAUUAUAUGCAAAGGUUGCUUUGUUGGCCACCAUCCCUGCUAUCACUGCUUUGCAAAUCAUUUGGCGCUUAAUUCAAAGAUACCAUGUUUAUGGGGCGGUAUAUGCAGUAAAUGUUACACUGGAGAUCGUGGUCUCAUUGUUGCUUCUUCUCAAGCUGCUAGUUAACACCAUUCCAACCCCGUCGAUUACCCGAUCGCACACUUUCGGGGAAUAUGUGUUUCCCAUUUUGGCGCUAAUGUUUAAUAUUGGCAUUUCCGUCGGAAACUUGAUUCUCUUCGCAUUCACAGAGUCAAUACUCGGCCGACUUCUUCAAGCAGUAGAGCUCUAUAUCUUGAUCGUCUUUAUGAUGAUUCUCCAAUUUCUUCAUCACAAAAAGACCCCAGCUAUUUCCAAGACCAGGGAUUUGGCACUAUUGAAAGUCGAAUUGCCAGACCGGGCUCGUGAAUCAACAUUCAGGCUAUCCCCACCAGUGGUAUCUACACCCAGAGUAACAACGCGUCCCAGUUCCGGAAAUCAGAGCAGAAGUAUAAACGCUGAUGUCACCCGUCAUUCUGUGCUUACUACCGUAAGCCGUACCCCAUGGGUUCCUUGGAGGAUGUCCCAUGGCCAGUCAGACCAAGAUGAGGAGAAAGCAAAGCUAUGGGACCAGAGCGAAAUUGGGAAGGGGGCCCCCGAUCUGCCUGCUGUGGGUCCAGGCAGUGCCGGAAAUCAGAGUAUGACUUCCACCGCCCCUGUUACGGACGGGGUACCCACAGAAUGGAGAGACAUUGUAAAUGAUUCUGUUUCCAACUUCUCAAGGUUAUCCAUUCUCGAUGCCCAGUUUGCAAGCCCCGGAUCUAGAAACAGCUCAAUCAGCAGUGGUCAAAUUUGGCAUGCAGUUCGUGCAGACAUACCUACCCGCCCUCAUCCUCUGAAGUUGCGGACCGUGUCUCUUGCUAUUCCGGCGACUGCAACAUCCUCCGAUGAAAAUGGAGCCGCCGUUAUCAUGACUGCCCCUCCAGAUCUUCCAGCUCAAAAUUCGCCUAUCUUCGCGAUCAAGGGCUUUACUCCUCAACCUCCACAAGUUCCCAGCAGGAAAAGUUCGUCCAGCAGAUCGCUCGAAGAACUUCUAGAACUGCAGAAUGAACUAGAUAAAACAAUCGCAAUGCUCCGAGUAUUUUCCCCGAGUUCUCCAAUUUCCCACUCUUCGACCUUCACUUCUCCGACCUCCACUUCUCCAAGCUCCCCUUCAUCAUCAAGACGCGAUUCGAAUCAGGCUGAACAACCACGUCAAUCAUCCUCCACUAGCGCGCGGACGGUGUCCGACUUUUCUUUGAGCAACUUCCCCUCCCCACCACAGUUGGCUCCUUCUCUUCCUGCAUCCUCGCCGGCUGUUAAAUUACGAUCGAAGGAAGACCGUCGGACCCGUCUUCAGUUAGAUCCAGACUCAAUUUCCGAUACUCUUGGACUUCCGCUGCCAAGAAUUCCUGCAGCUUUGGAAGACAUGCCUAGCUCUCCUCGUUCUGAUCUCGCGUCAGACUCUUCCUAUCAAGAAGAUAACGAGGUAUUACCUGCGGACACGGGACGACCUCAUAGGUUCGAUUCUGGCGGAACGCAGUACGAGAUUACGUCUUUCAUAGGCUAUUUAACAACCCCUGAUAGCCACAGGAAUGCGAUGGUGUACAAGCCUUCGGAUGUGUCUGGAGAGAGUGCGCCCAAUCUUGACGUUGCUGAAAGCCACAGAUCUCGAGAAACUUCCCCUCACUUGCCCGUAUCGCCUUUCCAUCCGUCGCCUUUGGGGGAGGCAAGACUAAUGAGAUUGCCAUCAUCUUCUGCAAGACAUAGGAGAUCGCAACUCUCAACGCAGAUGAAGCUAUCGCCUAUCACAAAUUCUGAGGAAGAAGCUUCAGAUCCGGACCUGGAGUCAGCCGUGCCUCUAGUACAACGUGGGAUGCGACCUCCAAUACUUCCAUCCAUGACGAUGACCUCCCCUCAUGUCCGGUUGUCAAACGUCAGUACUGGUAUGCGGUCGUCAAGAGGGUUCAUUGGCCUCCCACGAAGACCACGGCUCGCACCAGAUUUUGGUGCUUCAAGGCCACUAUCCGAAGAUAUGCAUAUUCCUGGAGCAUUUGAGCGAUCACAAUCAACACCAUUAAUUUUCCGUUCAGACGACGAAUAUUAUUCGACAGGUGCAAGAUCAUGGUAGCCAUAUUUAUUUCUAAUGUUAUGUUGAGUUUUGACCUUCGCUGGUCGGAGGUGCUGACAGCUAAAGGCUUUAUUCCUGUAAAUAUGGCGUCGGACUCCUAUCUCACUGUACUUGAUCUGUGGACUGUUAUGCUGGUUAUGAUAAUAGUAUCCUCAGCUUGCCAUACAGAGUAGUAGCAUGCUGUCCCAUCACAUAUGGAUCGCUUUCCCAUACGGUACGAGUGCACCGACCAAC